CAAUGGGAGUGCUGAUGUCCAAGAAGCAGCAGGUGCAGAAAUGCAGCGUCGUCUCCGCCUUCAAAGAGGGGCUGAGGGACCGCCCCGCCCCGUCCCCGGCCGACCACGCCGACGGCUCCGGGGGCGAGGGGGACGGCCCCGGCUCGGCCUCCGCCCCGGCGAGGGGCCCCGCCGCCGACCAGGAGAAACAGGAGGUGGAGCAGAGAGAGACAGACGGCAAGGCGGGAGCGUCGACCUCCACGCCUGCCUCGUGCCACGCCAGGGACGAGUGCAAGGUGAACCAGGAGGCCUGGUCCAGGCUGCGGGACGGCAAAGGGGUGGAGCCUGAGGAUCUGGACAAGAGCCGGCACCAGCUCACCCCGCCGGCAUUCGUUCGUCCCAAGAGAGACGCCAACGACGGGCAGCCUAUGGAGGUGGACCUGGGUCAGAUGGAGCAGCCCGUGAACGAGGAGGUGUGUGAGGUGUGUGAGGUGUGGACGGCCGACGUGCUGUUCCCCUGCAGGACGUGCACGCGGGUCUUCCACGACGGCUGUCUGCGGGAGAUGGGCGUCCUGAAGGCAGAAGCCCUGCAGGAGAUGAGGGAGACGGCACACACAGCCACUGGCUGGAGCUGCUACUACUGUGGAUUUCCCCACUAUGACUUUAAUGAUGUAAGAAACCAGCUCAACAAAUAG